UGCAUCUGGCAUUAUUUCAGCUCAUAUGCUUUGAACGGCUCGUGGUUGAAUGUUCUAAAUACAUGUAGCUGCAAAAAUGACAUUGUUUAUCAGACGAACUCUACAUUCAUUACUGAGAGUGGUAGUGGAACAACCAUGCAGCCUCAGGAGGAAUGCAGCACUUAAUAAGAAGUUGAAAGGUGUUUCUGCUGGAACUGGAAGUUUAGGAAUCGAGAGUUCUUCAGUUUUUCAGCACUUUUCUACCAGCAGCAGAACCACCAGCAGCAUCUCGACUCAUCCAUUGAAACAGGCCGUGAAACUUUCUUAUGAUGUUAUUGAAGGAUCACCAGAAAUGUCUCCAAUCAUUAUUCUGCAUGGUGUCUUUGGUUCAAAAAGUAACUGGUCAACACUCACUAAGAAGAUACACAAGGAAACUCAGGCAACAGUAAUUGCAGCUGACCUUCGUAACCAUGGCAACAGUGAGCAUGGUGAUGGAAUGACCUUAGAGGUCAUGAGGGAUGACCUAUUAAUGCUAAUUAGGGAUGAGCUUCAGAUUGAUCACUGUACUUUGAUUGGCCACAGCUUGGGAGGCAGGGUUGCUAUGGUGACUGCAUUGAGUCAGCCUCAUCUGAUAGAGAAGCUCGUUGUUGUCGAUGUGUCUACCGUAUCAUCUAAGAGUAUCUUUAACUUUCAACAAUUCAUCUUAGCUAUGAAAUCCGUCCAGUUUAAUCAGAAUACUUCGCUUUAUGAAAACAGGAAAAGUGCAGGCAAAGAACUAGAGACAGUGAUUACGGAAGCUGGUAUUCUGCAGUUCAUCUUGACUAAUGUUAUAGAGAGGGGUGGAUGCAUUCAAUGGAGAUUCAAUCUUCAUGGUCUGGAUACCGGUUUACAGGACAUCUUGAAGGAGCUUCCAACAUUAGACGCUACUUACAAUGGCCCAGUACUAUUUGUUAAAGGUGGAAAGUCACAAUAUAUCAGAAAAGAACACCUUCCUGCAAUAAAAAAGUUUUUCCCCACUGCUGCCAUCUCAACAGUAGAGGGCGCUGGUCACUUUGUUCAUUCUGAGAAACCCAAGGAGUUUUUAGAAACAGUUGUUCCAUUCCUCAAGUCAUCGUGAUAGGAAUGUGCUUCAUCGUGGGGCAAGUAUCUACUCAGGGAGGAAUUGUAGGAUAACAUUGUUGAGAUAAACAGUACUAACUAUUAAUUAUUUGCUUUAUUGUAGCUUUUGAACAUAUGCAAAAGUAAAGUAAUAUAAUUGUUUUGGUUUGAACUAUUGACUUGUAUUCAAUCUAUGAGAGCUUUUAAAGGCACUGGACAGGAUUUGUAAUUUUCGAAGACCAGAAUUCUCACUUUGUGUAUCUGAACC